AUGUCGAAGAUAGCAGGGGAUGGAGUAGCACUUUUCUGGACUUCAAUAUUGCUGCUGGCGCUAUGUUGGAUAACUUUUGCGCUGCGGGCCGGAGUCAGGGUAUGGAGGAAAAUUUGGGGCGUGGAUGAUAUCUUAAUGACGGUGGGAAUACUACUUUUUACCGUCACUGCUAGUCUAUGUAUUGUGUGCUCUUUUCAUGGAAGCGGACAAAAAUCUAUCAUGUUAUCGGCCUAUGACAUCGCUCGUGGAACUAAGCUCUUCUUUAUUGCCGAAUUCUUCUAUGCUUCUGGUGCGAUCGCCAUCAAGUGUAGUAUUGCUGUCACUAUACUUCGUAUUGCCGAUACUCGUCGUCGCUAUGUUUACAGUAUCUGGGGAAUUAUGAUUUUGAGUGUCAUCUCCGCCAUUGUUUUCAUCGUUGGUAUCGCAAACAUUUGUCAUCCAAUCAAUACCCUAUGGGGCGAAUCAAACGGGACAUGCAAUCUCCAGUUGAACAGUGAUGUUAGCUUGUUCUUCUCUGCUAUAGAGAUUUUGACGGAUUGGACUUUGGCCAUCUUGCCUGGCUUUCUGUUGUGGAAUAUUCAGAUGAAGAGUAGGGUCAAGGUCUCUGUGGCUUGUAUUCUUGGAUUGGCUGCUCUUGCAAGCUGCGCAACAAUUGUUCGACUUCGCUUUCUGAGUCUCUACAGCGACCCUACCGAAUUCAUGUUUGGCACUGGUAAAAUAGGUCUCUGGUCCAUCAUCGAAGAAGGCAUUGGAAUUUUUGCCGGUUCACUUCCCGCCCUUCGCCCUUUACUCUCUCUCCCCUUUCUAGGACUUAGUACCUCGGGCAAAUCCAAUAAUCCCAGCUCGAGUAAAAAUGGAAAUGUUCCCAGGACACAAAAUCAACAAAAACGUGCGGAUAUCAACUUGGAUACAUUCGCCCAAUUGGGAGAUUCCGAUGUCGAAAAAGACGGGGAUGGGGAUAGUCAAAAACACAUCUUGAAGGAGACGCAAGUUUCAGUAACGAGUGAUAAUAGACGAUCUGCACCCGGAGAAUGGGAACAAAGUCAGAUACUCGGAUGGAAGGGCAAUAGGAAUUCAACGAGAAAUGUUCAAUAA